AUGGUGUACCUUGUAAUGUGGACAGUGGGUCCACGGUAUAAUUUGAACCGUAUGUCCAUCGAAUCGCAAUUGCAGUCUAGCUCUUCACGCAGGUUUCACAAUCUAGUCGUCUCUCUAUAUCGCGGAAUCCCAGUUCGUCGUCUCUCCUUAUCGCCUCAGUGUCUACAUACCGGAGAAGCUUCAUGGCUGGUUCUUCCAUCAGGUGGUCAAAGCGUCUAUGCAAGAAUUCUUCCGGUGGAUCAAGGGAACAAUGAUGAAGGGAUUCGAAAUGUUAUGGUGGAUAGUCUGCCUUCUGACGAUUUUGAACAUCCGCCACUCCGCCAGUUGCAUUGUCUUCUCUUGUCCAAGCAGACCCAGCUUUGGACGAUUCAGAUCAUGGGCUAGCUAGUGAAGAUGUGGGGUUGUUUCCUAUCAUGAAGACCGCACCAACCCAAAGAAUUUAGUCUCAGAGCUAUGCGGGUUAAUGCAUGCCAAAACAACAUCCGUACAGUAUAUCGCACACAUCUACCACCAUUAUUUUAGAACACGGUCAUUACAGUACUUGGUCAGUAAAAUGCACACGUUGUAAACCUCACAUGCACACACUUUCAUGUUAGAACCACUAAAUAUUAACUGUUGAAUGUUGGUUAGUAGGGUGGUUAUAGUCCAUUUUCUUAAUUUAUUUAUUAUCUUAGUUUCUUUUGUAACAAACGUCAUUUGCACCCACACAAGAAUAAAUCAAACUUUGUACC